UUCGGAUGAUGUGAUGAAAAAAAGAAAAGCGCGUACAGUUCGAUUUGAGUGUGUCAUUUUCCGAGUGCGCUCCGUUUUUCCGAUCCAGAUUUGGCUGCAAAUGGUGACAGUUUCCGGUAGAAAAUUGUAAAAUAGUUAGCCCCCGUUCGUUGGCUAGCUGUUAGUGAUAAAAUUGUUGCUAUUUCCAUUGUGAUUGAGGUGGAAUAUUAUUUUCUCGUCUAGUUGUGAACAAAAAAAAACUGAAUCGGCCAUCGUCUGCCUUUACCAGAGAAUAGAGGUUGUGGCACAAAUAAAAAACUGAACAUUGCGUUCUCGUUGUCCCGUUGCCCUGAGUGGUAAUCCGGAUUGUUUUGGACGCUGCUAGUGGACAAGAAUUUUCCUGUGGGAAAGUGGUUUCUAUACCGAUUGCUAGAUAUCUGACUUAUUCCGGGCAAAAAAGUGCGCUUGGCAAAAUAUCUCGGCUUCUCGUCGUCUUGCAAGUUCCAGUUGGUCCAAGUUGGCCAUGGCUCGAUUUGCCUUGUUGCUAAGACGAAUUUCUAGUUGCCACCAAAGAUUGAGGAUUCGGAAAAAUUGUCAAAGUUGAAAGUUAUGUUGGCAAAAUUAAAGUAAGCAAAGUGAAAAUUUUCAAAGCCUCACUACAAAAAAUUGCCUCAAAAGGGGAGCACCAUAAAAAAAGUACAGUCCUGAAGAAGUAUCGAAAAAGUCGAAAAAAAAAAUUAAACAAAGAAGCAGUACAAUUUUCGUUUCGGUUAUUUUCGUGGAUACAAUUAGAAGAUAGAAUCGUCCAAAUCUGCUUCUUAUAAGCGUAGUCCGGUAGUUGAGAGAAAAUGUCCGCACCCGACGGGGACAAAUCAGGCUCUGGCGGAGGAGCCAAGCUGCAAGUCACGGGAGGGCCGUCAUCCGUGGGCCUUGGAGGAGUUACCGUUUCCGGUUCCGUUGCUAGUGGGGGUGUGACGGCUGCAACCGCGUAUCCGAUCGAUCUGGCAUCGAAGGUUUUGGUGCGCCCGACGGAGAAAACAAAUAUGCCAACGACGUACAGGAUCGGAAACUCGGCCGGCAAUCAGAUGCGUGUAGUGAUACCGAGCAGUGCAACCCCGCAGACAUUCUACAGACAAGCGAUCAAUCUAAAGCAAGAUACAACCACCAACCGCACUCAAAUCACGGCCUUGCCAGCUCGUACAGUUACGCAAACGUCAAUCACCGUAUCGCGACCGCAAACUCCAACAACGUAUCACGUACCGGCUAGAGGUCCGACAACUGUAACAAAUAUUCAAGGGCCACGAGCAACAAUCACAGCUCCUAUAAGGAUUCCAACCCCUCCGAUCAGUGUUGCUAAUUUAAAUACCUACGUUAGGCAGUCAGUUCCAUCGAGAACGUCUUCACCUUCGGCCACCAUUAUUUCCCAAGGAACAACCACUUGGAUGCCUGGCAAUGUACAAGUUCAAGUUCCGACACAGCUCAUCCGGGCGAAUAGCAUCACGCAGGCUCCUCGGGCUAGGGUUGUGGCACAGACAAUUCCUACCAACCAGAAUCCGUCGAAUGCCAGCAAUACUGCAACUAUAACAGCCAACGUGGUAGCCCAUCAGGCAACGACACAAGCAAAUCAACAGAAUGUCUCUAUCAGUGGUACCAAUCAAUCUCAAGCUUUUGUAGCCACGCUAGCUACGGCUGUUCUUCCCCAACCUCAACGGCAGAUAACUUCGACACUUGUUUACACUAACAACAGCUCUCAGCAACCGUACACCAGUGGCAACAAUCCUCAGCGAUUAACAUUGGCCACGACUUUGUCCCCUCAGCGUCCAGCAGCCGUUCGACCAAUUCAACGUCUUCCCACGACUAAUAUUGGGGUUCGUGUCACGGCUGGCAGUAUCAGUAUUCGUACUCCGAGUGUUCCAGUGCUUGCUCCAUCAACCGUACUGACGACGAUAGCUUCCGGAAGUGUCGGAACUCAGAAUCGAUCAGCGACCGUAUCGACGGCUAAUAUUUCAAACGCAAUCCCUGCUCGUAUCAUACAAGUGCCAAAUCCUCAAAACGCUCAAGUCAUAAGCGGAGGCCGUUUGCCAACAAAUUUACUCAACAUUCAACCGCUUCUGGUGAGCAACAAUCGGAUUCCACACAGUAACAUCCAGCCUAGCCUGACAAUAGCACAGGUGGGAAAACUAACCCCCGUUGCAGCAGCUUCGAUUGGCAACAGCUCCGUUUCCACACCAACUGGUCAAGAUUCUUCAGUUGGAAGCGGUGGAGGAACAACCACUCUUCAAACGGCUUCCGGUCAACAAAUUGUUGUAAGUUCAAGCCAAGUCGGCGUAGGUACUCUUGGAUCAAACGUAGGUUCCGGCUCAACAGCUACGAUUAUAACUGGUAAUUUGAUAUCGAAUCAGUCUGGCGCAGGGACAGGUCCAUCUCAAUCACAGGGACAAAUAACACAGAUCGUGAAUGUGAAUCCUAGUUCAGUUGGCUCAGCUCUAUCUGGACAAGCACAGCAAAUUGUUACGGUAAGCCAAGGUCAGGUGAUUGGCACCCAGCAAACCAUAUCAGUUUCCAACUCAGGUAGCGGAGGAUCGACAACGGUGAUUCCUAUUCCAUUAGCCAUUACCGGAGGACGAAAUGCAAACAUUCCUGUUUCGGUUGCAACUCUCUCUGGAGGACAGAAUCCCAUUAGUAUUGUAUCGGGUGGAAGCACUAUUACUGGAAUCGUGCGGACAACCAAUAGUGGUGCAGGUUCAGCCGGUAUUUCAUCUUCUACCAUGUCAUCGAUCGUACCGAUUGCCAAAGUAACACCACAACAGUUGAGUACUUUAAGUGCCAUCGAUACAACCAACAGUUCUGCCCCAUAUUCGGUUUCCGGUACUGGAGCUUCGUUGUACAUACAAACUAGACCGCAACAACCGAUUGUCACAACUGUUGCAAGUACUGGAAAAACAAGUACGCUAAAUGUUGUUUCGGGAAACACAUCCGGGACGCUUGGCAGUGGUACAGGAGGUGCUUUUCUUCCUACAUCAACAUUCUAUUACGAAAGAGUUACGCAGUCACCUGCAUCGUCAGCUCAGCCGAUCACUACUUCCGGUAUUUCAUCAAGUACAACAGCUCCUUCAUCGACCACUAUUACAACUACCAGUGCCAUUAGCGGUCCCGUUUUUUCGAUCUCUUCCAGUACUCUCGGAAGUAGUUCAGCAGCAGGAACUUCCGGUAACAUUGUUGGAAUUCCCUCAAAUCAGUUAAGUUCUGCAAAUGUUAUUACGACAUCGGUGACUUCCUUGCCAUAUGCACCCACUGGAGGAUCGUUCACUAUAGUACAAAGUGGAGGACGAAACAUUACCGGUCCCAUUCACGGUAUUGUGUCAACUUCAAACAAUACUGGCGGCAUACAGUCAAUUCCACAAGCACAAUCAACUCCACAACAACAGUCAUCGACUACACAAAUUCAGGCAGUACCUGUACGCUUCCAUCCACAUCUGCCUGUUGAUGGUGGCCAAACCCAGCAUUUCAUAGUAACGGGUUCAUCUGUUUCUUCUGCUGCUGCUGGUCAACAACAGCCACAGUCAGCUCACAUGCUUAUUCCAGUCAAUGCUGCCGGAAAUAAAAUAGAAUCACCCCAGUCGAGUGUCCUGCGGAAACGAGGCCUCGAAGGAACGCCUAUAAAAAUGGGUAAAGAUCUUACUCAAACUUUAAUUGCGAUGAGUAAUAAGGAACGGGGUAGGGAAUUGGAGCACCAACGAGAACGAGACGAGCGUGAAAUGUCACCGCCAUCUCGACCCCCUUCAACUGACGGUUCUACAACAGUAAGUGCUACUUCCAGCCCGGGUGCCGAUCAACAAGAGCAAGAAGAAAUAAAAGCCAUGGCGUACGCUAAUCGAAACGCCAACAGUGAUCUACCGUUUAAACCGGUCCAUGAAGAAAUAUUCCUGCACAGAGAACCUCAACUGCAAAUGAGUUCCUCGGCCAUCGAUUCGAGCUCAUCGCACAACUUCCAUCAUCCUGCUACUGCAACCGGAAUAAGUAGCAACGGAAACUAUGAGCAAUCGCCAAGAAAGAAACCACGAAAACAGAACGUAGCGGAAGGUUUAAAAUCUGCAGCCAAUAGUUUACAGUUCUACAGUAACAAUGAGCUCGAUAGUAGCUACCGAAUGGAAACUUCUAGUGGGCAUCCUAGCGCUGCCAGCGAAGGAUUCACUCAACAGCAGCAGCAGCAACAACAUCAAGCAUCACACUCGAAACAACCAACAAUCAACGUUGUCAACAACAAUGCAGUGGUGCUGUCGACCAAUAAUUCGCUCGCGGGAGGCAGUGUUAAGAUUUCGGAGGUGGCUCAUGGAUCAACAGUAGCAAACGCGGGCAAGAGUACAGCUGUCGCCCCGAAGGAGGGAACUGUUGCUCCCACCGCUGUGAGGAAACCAAGAAACGUUAGCAUGCUGGAGACUUACAAACAAAGCUGGAAAGCCGCUCAUAACCAUUUCCAAAGGUACACCGAUGUAAAGCAGCGUGAGGAACGACGUCCUUCAAUCGUUGACAUUGCCAAUCAAUCGCAUGUACUGCAAAAAGUCAACGGCUGGAAAAUUUACCAUCUUAGCGCGCAAAUCGAGGAUUUGUGUGAACUAGAAUCUCAAGCCUACGAUAAGCUGGAUCAAAUGUUGAAAAGCAUGGAAUCGACGGCGAAACCUUCGGUCGAAGUCGAGCGUAUUAACGAACUUCUGAAGGGUAACAUGCAGCGCAGUAAAAUCAUAAUUGACGGUAUCACUGAAGCGCGUACACAAAUCAUGAAGAUCUUCGAUCAUAAGACCCAUGUUUCCGAGAUUCUGCAGCGCUGCUCAUCGAAGCGUAACUUCAAAAAGCGAGAAAAAAGUUAAAUUUGAGAGCCCAUCAUAUAUUGAACGUCGUUUCAGCCAAGCUAGUUCGUCGUUCUAUCAACAACUUUAUUAAGAAAACAUCAUCCGUUGUACUAUUUAGUUAGUAAGCAAAAAUUGUAUAAUUUUUUUUCAGAACAUUGAAAAUUUUGGAGAAGAAAAGUGCUUCUAUAUUUUGUUGGGAAUAAAGGGAGAAUUGCUGAAAGAUGAAUAAUUCUAGCUACAUUAGCUACCUGUCGUCUAUCUUGUUCCCAUAUUUAAAAGCGCGUUGCACUUCUCCAAGUAUUGCGUUUAAAAGUGAAGUGUAAAUAUUUGAAAGUAAGAAACUUAAGUAAAGAACCUAGAAGAUUUAAGAAUUUCACGCAGCUUUUCUUAGUGAGACUUUUUUGAUGAUUAAGCUACAUUUAACAAUAAGUCGACGGAACUCUUUGCAACGAUCGGCUGUAUGCUUUGUAAGAUAUAAAUCUCUUGAUCCACGAUUCGCUCAUGCAGAAACGUAGAUCGCACCCGAUUAAUCAACUCGUGUUAAGUUAGAUGAUAACCCUUAAAGUGUUUUGUUAGUUUUAAGUGCAAUAACAUGUUUUAUCAUAUAUUAUUACGGGAAUAAAACUAAUAAAAAUAUUAAAAAAGUCAACCUUAAAGACACGAAUAGCGAAAUAUCGGGUGGUUCGAAUUACGUUUCCUGCUGGCUUCAUUAUUUGCCGCGGUUGAAACUUUUGUAUUUUUUCGCCUUUCAAACAAUAUUGUACAGAAAUCAAAACAAGAUAUCAUUGAUGUGUCAUAAGCAUAAGCUGCUCAAGUAAUCAUAUACUAUAUGAGUUUACAUGAAGAACAGAAAAAGCAGAUCGAGCCUUAUCGAUCCUUAAGCUUCCUGUGUUUGUUUUGAACUAAUGGAUCUAAAAUUGGUUCUGAGCGCCUAACAUUUUUUUAACUGUUCUUUUUUAAAUUACUUUUUUCAACAGCAGAUUGAUUUUUAUUAAAGUUAGUUAAACAGUUGAACAAGCUUAUGAGGAGAUUGCUGUACAGAUUUUUAUUAUUUAUAAUAAGCUGAUAAAUAUGUGUGUUACAAAGUAGCAGUUAUUGAAAAAAUAAAAUAAGCAAUAAUUUUA